AUGGGUGAGAUGGUCUCAGACUCCGGCGUGUUCCGGCGAAACUAUAGGUGGUUUCGUCUUCGCCGGCGAUGUCUUCUCGGUGUCGGUCACAGUGAUGUGACCAGGGCCCCCACACCUCUAGGACAGGCUGUGAGGAUGAAGGUUCUACUUCGUGUUCAUGCAGUGUGGGACACGAUCGAACCCGGUUCAGAUGAUCAAAAGAAGAACGAUGUGGGAGAACAAACCACAUCAAAAGAGAUCUUGAACGCCAUCAAGUCACGACACCUAGGAGCUGAUCGUGUAAGGAAGGUUCAGAUGUUGAUGACGGAGUUUGAUAGGUUAAAGAUGGACGAUAACGAUACGGUCGAUGACUUCACGGGGAAGAUAUCGGGCCUAUCAUCCAAAGCAGCCUCGUUGGGAGAGAACAUAGAAGAAUCCAAGAUGGUUAAGAAGUUCUUGAAGGAUCUUAUGAGACAUAAGUACAUCCAGAUCGUAGCAUCAAUUGAGCAAGUCCUAGACCUCAACUCGACGGGUUUUGAGGAUAUAGUUGGAAGGCUUAAGGCAGGAAGAGGACAUAACGGUAGAGGCAGAGGUCGAGGUAGGUUACACAACCAAAACUAUGCGACACACAUCGAAGAUAACAACUCGAAGAAGAAUCUUUCAAAGCUGAUAUGUUGGAGAUGUGACAAGCAUGGUCACUACGCAACUGUCUGUCCUGAGAAGACAGAAAAGAACCAAGAAACCAACCUAAACGAGACAGAAGAGACCGAUGCACUAUAUGUACACGAGGUGGUGUUCUUGAACAAAGAUAAGGUGAUUCCGAAGAAUCUUGAUAUCGACAAAGGCAAUGCAAGUGUCUGGUAUUUGGAUAAUGGAGCGAGUAAUCACAUGGCGGGAAACAAGAAGUUCUUUUCGAGUUUGAAUCUCAACACCAAAGGGAAUGUGAAGUUUGGUGAUGGAUCGUGUGUCGACAUUGUAGGAAAGGGUGUGGUUACCUCUGUGUACAAGACUGUAGAGAAGAAGACACUCAAAGACAUAUACUACAUACCCGACCUGAAGUACAGCAUAUUGAGUCUUGGGCAAGCAAGAGAAAAUGGAUGUGAGGUUAACAUGAAAGAUGUCUACUUAACGCUCACAGAUUUGCAUGGAAGGUUGCUAAUUCAUGUCACAAUAUCUCCAAACCAUCUCUACAAGACCCCUAUGGAGAUAAGCUACCCGGAGUGUUUACAUGUAAGGGAUGAAGAUGCUACAUGGAGGUGA